GACGUUCAUGACGUUGUCAACAAUCUCUCAGAGCUCUUUCUAUCAUGACAUUAGCUCGUAUUGAACUGUACAAAGAACCGCCAGUGAGAUAACAGGAAUUGUGCUGUUCUCUUCAUAAUGAACGGCAACACUUACAAACGAGUGGAUGAAUUUAGCGUAAUAUUGAAUGCAAAUUGCGAAGAUGAGUUGUUAUGUACUGGUUAUAGGUCCAAUAGAUUGAAAACUGGUCUAUGUUAUGUGGCGUCGUUCUUCACAGUGGGCAUAUUAAUUCUUGUAUUUCACUGGAAACCAUCAUGGUCACUUAAAGCCAAAUUCUCUAAGUGUCCUGUCAAGGAUGCAGAGAUUGUGUUGUUACAGAAUUCACACGGUGAAUUAUUCACAGAAAAGUUAUUUACAAAGUUUGUAGCAGAGUCUGGGUUUAUUAGCAUUAAAAAUGGGGUUACUUAUCAUCAUCGUCGUCCUUCCAGCAUCACAAGUGUGCCUGGACGAGGGCGCUCUACAAGUAUUAAUUCGGCCACUACAUCAGCAUCUGAAGAUGAUGAUACUGUUGCCUUACUGGUUGGUAACAAUAAAAACCAGGUAAGAAUAAAAUAUUUUUGUCUACAAAAAGUGAUGUACCUUUGGGACCCACAUGGCAAUAGUUUUGAGAAACUUCAUGGCUUAGAUAAAGACACACUAUGUGCCAACUUCUAUGAUGACUACCAUGGUUUCAGUGAAGAAGAACAAAGUAAAAGAUUGGCAGUGUAUGGUAAAAAUAGCAUAGACGUUGAAGUGAAAUCGUACGCAAAGCUGCUUUUUGAAGAGAUUUUAAAUCCAUUUUAUAUUUUCCAAAUCUGGAGUGUAAUUUUAUGGAUGGCUGAAGAAUAUUAUUAUUAUUCUAGUUGUAUCAUUUUUAUAUCAGUUUUGUCUAUUGGUAUAUCUCUUUAUGAGACAAGAAGGCAAAGUAUAACAUUACGUAAUAUGGUUGCACACAGUAGUACAGUACAGGUAUGCAGAGAGGACCAAUCAAUUGAAGAGAUUAAUGGUGAAUUUCUUGUUCCUGGUGAUGUUAUAAUUAUACCAUCUACUGGUUGUAUCAUGAACUGUGAUGCUGUACUUGUCGGUGGAAACUGUAUUGUCAAUGAAAGCAUGCUAACAGGUGAAAGUGUACCAGUCACAAAAACACCACUACCACAUUCCCAUGAUGUGUCUGAGGAGUCUGCUUUCUACAAUCCAGACGAACAUAAAAGGCACACGCUGUUCUGUGGCACUCACAUCAUACAGACUAGGUACUAUGGAAGUGAAAAAGUCAAGGCUGUUGUUGUCAGAACCGGUUUCUCAACCGCAAAAGGAGAGUUGGUCAGAUCGAUUUUAUAUCCCAAACCUCUGGGUUUCAAAUUUUAUAAAGAUGCCAUGAAAUUCAUUGGUGUGCUUGCUAUACUGGCUCUGCUCGGGUUUGCAUAUACACUGGUAAUAUUUAUAAGAGAUGAGGUUCCUGUAAAACAUAUCAUCUUCAAAGCAUUGGAUAUCUUCACCAUUGUAGUGCCGCCUGCAUUGCCUGCUGCCAUGACAGUGGGCACAGUGUAUGCACAGAAUAGACUCAAAAGACGAGGAAUAUUUUGUAUUAGUCCACCAAGAAUCAACGUGUGUGGGAAUAUUAAACUGUUCUGCUUUGAUAAGACUGGAACAUUAACAGAAGACGGAUUGGAUCUAUGGGGCGUUGUACAGUUACAACAAGAUCACUUACUAAAAGCAGUACAGAAUGUUGAUGAGUUGCCUAGGGGGCCUUUUUUGGCUGGCAUGGCAACCUGUCAUUCGCUGACAAUGAUUGAUGGAAAUCUGACAGGUGACCCCCUAGACUUGAAAAUGUUUGAAGCCACCAAUUGGUUGCUUGAGGAGCCAGGUAAAGACAGUACAAAGUUUGAAAGUAUUAUGCCUACAGUGGUGAAACCUGUGACCGCUGACACAUUCCUGUCCAAAGAUGCUUCAGAGAUUCCAUAUGAGAUUGGCAUUGUUCGUCAGUUUCCGUUCUCAUCCUCAUUGCAAAGAAUGAGUGUCAUCACACGAACCCUGGGUGCUCCUAAUAUGGAUGUAUAUGUGAAGGGAUCCCCAGAAAUGAUUUCGUCGCUUUGUCAAGCAGAGACAGUACCAGAUGACUUCCAUGAAGUUUUACAUAAAUAUACUGAGCAAGGAUUCCGCGUUAUUGCGUUGGCAUGGAAACCAAUGAAGAGCAAGUUUUCAUGGCAUCAGUCUCACCGCAUUGGCAGAACUGAAGUUGAGUGUGAGUUGAUCUUCCUUGGGUUGCUAAUUAUGCAGAACACAUUAAAACCAGAGACAACACCAAUCAUACAACAGUUAAAAAAAGCCAAUAUUCGAACUGUCAUGGUUACUGGUGAUAAUAUGUUGACGGCGAUCAGUGUAGCUAAGGACUGUGGUAUGAUAGAAACACAUGAAAAGGUGAUAAUAGUGACUGGUGUCCCACCUAUGGAUGGCAGGCCGGCUUCCAUCAAAUGGAAUUAUGAAGAGAAUCCCAUAUUGAAAGAUGAAAUGGAUGACCCAAAUACUGAACAGCAAACUUACCACCAUACUAUGACGAUAGAAGAGGGUAGUAAUUAUCACUUCGCUGUGUCCGGCAAAUCAUUUGGUGUUAUUAAAAACCACUUCCCGCAAUUGAUGUCCAAGAUUGUUGUCAAAGGAUGCGUCUUUGCUCGUAUGGCACCCGAUCAGAAGAGUCAACUUGUUGAAGCUCUGCAGGAAAUUGAUUAUAUUGUUGGUAUGUGCGGAGAUGGAGCCAAUGACUGUGGAGCGUUGAAAACUGCACACGCUGGCAUUUCACUGUCAGAAGCUGAAGCAUCCGUGGCAUCACCGUUUACAUCCAAUACUCCGAACAUCACUUGCGUACCAAAAGUCAUCAGAGAAGGCAGAGCAGCAUUGGUCACAUCAUUUGGUGUAUUUAAAUAUAUGGCAUUGUACAGUAUGGUUCAGUUUAUAUCCGUCCUUAUAUUAUAUUAUAUCCAGUCCAAUCUUGGGGAUAUGCAAUUUCUUUAUGUUGAUCUUGUCAUCACAACCACUGUAGCAGUGUUCAUGGGUCGAACCGAAGCAUAUCCGCUGCUCGUCGCUAAAAGGCCGUCUGGCAGUUUAGUAUCGGCACCGAUUUUAUUCUCACUGAUAGUACAAGUUUUGAUACAAGUGUUCAUACAAGCUGGUGCCUACUUCUGUCUUCUUGCGCAACCAUGGUUUGUUCCCCUGGAACCCCAACCGAAUGCAGAUGAAAAUAUCCUGUGUUUUGAGAAUACCGUUAUUUUCCUGAUUUCAUCAUACCAAUAUAUAAUCCUAGCUGCAGCGUUCUCUAAAGGACGACCAUACAGACUGCCAUUAUACACCAAUAUUCUUUUUAUGGCGUCCUUAGUGUUACUGACUGCGUGUACAAUCUGGCUAACAUUGUACCCAACAGAACUUGUUGCUAAUUUUAUGCAGCUGAUGUUUCCUGAAAUGCCAUUUAAAUUUCGAUGUGUGAUUCUAGCGUUUGCAGCUGGUAACCUCGUUGCUAGCUUCUUUAUUGAGGACUGCCUUGUUGAUAGUUGGAUUUUUAAGCGUUGUAUCAAGUCAGUACGAUGUAAGAAAGCAUCUAAGAAUAAAUACAAAACAAUUGAAAGGGAAUUAAUGGCCAAUCCAAGCUGGCCUCCAAUCAAUACUUUCAUUAUGUCUUCUGAUAUGGAGAUUAGCAGCGAGGACGUCACCGAACUGUUGCCAGAUAGUAAUUUAAUCCAAUAAAAUGAAUACAUACAAAUUCAUUUAUCAUAGAUACAGCGCACAAGUCAUGUUGAUUGACCAAUCAAUGAAGUUUUAUUUAUUAUGUGUAUAUAUGGAUAUAUAUUUGAUUAGCUGAAAGUGCUUAUCACAUGUUCAUAAUCUACCAAUCAGGGUCAUUGUUACAUUCAUUUGUUUAGUAUUUGAAUGUAAGGGUAAAUUUGAUUGGACACUCAUCAUGUGAAUCAUGUGUAUAUUAAUUAAGCUGAUAUAGUGCAAUACAUUUAUCGUUCACCUAUUUUUUUUUUUUUACAUUAUUUACAUUUUAAGUGUAACACAGGUAGAAAUUAUAUUUAUUUUGACAUUGACCACUGUUCGUUCUUGGCACAAUUUUUGAAAAUUACAGUGUUUAAUAUGAUUAAUAUUGCUGAUAAUUUUUUUUUUUCGUUUUUGAUUCUGAUUCUGAAAAAAAUAUUUUGUAUAUUAAAUAUCUAAUUUGCUACUUGGGAGUUGAGAUCUCUUUUGAAGUGACCUUUAAAUUAAAUUUGUUUACAUUUGAAUCUACUUAUCACUACCAUCCUGCCAAACAUAAUGGAUACACCCUAACUUACUAGCAAUUCUAUUUUGCUGCCCCCCUAAGAUAAUAAACAUUACCGGUAUGUGCUUCCACUAGGAUACUAUAUUACCAGUCAUAUUACCGGUUAUUUAGCCAUAGACAAGUUUCUUAAGUUUUUGAUAAUCAAAAACAUUUACAGUAGGGAACAUUUUCUUAAGAUAGGGAAUCACAGUGACUUCUUUAAAAUGUGAUCAUGCGUUUGCCAUUAUCCAAUCAUGCACAUGUAGCGAUAAUUUUAGCGAUUUACAGUAACUUUUCACUUAAACUGAAAACAUUUCUUCCCAAUGUUUGUUUGCCGUGUAACUUUUGACUUCAAUCAUGUAAGAUAAUUUGACUAAUGAUGUAAUCUGUAUUAUGAAUACAUACCAGUAUGGUCACAACAACAACAAAUGUUGAAAUUAUUUCUUUCAUAUUAUUUUGGCAAAAAAUCAACAAAUUGCAUGUGCAUAAUAGAGCAAAUACAAUUACCAGACUGUUACCAAAUUCACAUGGUAUGUAAACCGCAUUAAAUGUGCAUAUUUUUAUGAACAUGUUUGUUUCUUCAUUGUAAAAAGUGUUGUGGAACUCAAUGACGACUUUAUUGUUUUGCAUUUUUUUCUCUCAAACAGACGUAAUAUUUCUCCAAGA